AGGGCUGGGAUUUGUAGAGACGGUUCAGUCUUUCCCACCGCUGAGGGAGGAGGAGAGCGGUUCAAGAUGGAGUCCGAGGCACACGGUGGAGGAGCCAUGAGGGCAGCCGAUGAAGACGCAGGCGCCGUGGCCUCUGCAGCAGGCACAGCACAUGGCCCCCAAGGUGUGCCGGGUGGUGCUGGUGGCCACGAUGGCUCUGGCCACCCAGCUGGCCCUGGUGACACCGUCAGUCGAGAAGUCCCCGCCGGCUCCAGCGACAUGGCUGAUUCCAGAGACCCCAGCACUGCCGGAGAGUCAGGUGGCGCAGCCGCUGCCAUUCCGCAGAUCCCGGGGGCACGUCACGUUCCAGGGCCUGGUGGAGAUGCUGCACCCGGAGCCGGAGUUCUGAGUACCCGAGUCUACCACUUCAGCCUCUCAGUGCCUUUCUCAUCACAUGCGGAGGCGGACAAUGCCCGCCACCUCCUGACUCGACGUACUCAGCUAAGAUUGCCGGUUCGGAGGGACCUCUACCUUAGUGGCCGCAUGUUGGUUCUCCGAUUGACUGCUGAAGACCCUGGCCUCCUCCAGACGGCCGUCGCCUUCUUUCAGGAGCAGCUUUCCCUGGUGAUGCAGACCGUGGAGCAUUCUGGGCCCCCCCUUUUCGAUCAGUCUCGGAACAGGAGAGGGCCUUAAACCUAGCCUAUGUGCCCUAGCCUCAAGUGUCCUUCCCGAGGGCAUUGCUUUCUGCAGCAGUUUAAUGGGGCUUCACCUUGUGCCUGUGCUGCUGUUUGGGGGCUCAAUGUCCACACAGUUUUUUGGUGAUUGUUAACUGCAGAAAAUAAAACUGAGCUACUAUGCUGUCUCUGA